AUGUGCGUUUACCAGAACCAGCAUCAGCGAGCCAGCAAAAUUACCUUGAAGACGGGCGGCAGUAGAUACAGUCCGCAGAUAUUCUCCAACUUCACUGUACAGAUUAUCAAUACUAAACUGAUGAUCGAUAUGGUCGUCGUCUCGCCGCUUUCUCAAGGACUAAAGACGCACGUGGACUUUUUAUUCCGCCUUGGCAAGGACAAGCCCUACAAGAGUAUAUUCCAGCACGAUAUAACCAACUGUUCCCGGAUCAGAGGGGCCCAAGAGUCGAUCUAUCGGCGCUGGUUCACAUCAAUGCUGAAGAUGGGCAAUUUUUCCUGGUCGCUGGACGCAGGCCAAGUGCCCUCGUUCUUCCACGAGGGAGACUAUCGCAUCUCUGCAACGUUAUUUUUCGGGAGGCUCACGAAGAACGAUGUGAAACCGAUUCUGGAAUUUUAUGUGGAGGCCGUGCUGAACUAA